UGUUGGUGCCCUAGUACUCGGUAGUACGAAAUUUUAGCGAUUGGGAGUUAUCUGAUAUUUCUUUGUUGUUUUUAUUUAAUUCUGUGGUACGAUUAAUUAAUUUCGAAAACCGUCAAAUGGAAACCGACGCGCACAUGAUGUCACAGCAGUAUGCACAAGCUCCUCAACCAACACAAAUACAACACCCACCAGCUCCUCAACCAACCAGAGAAAUGCAACAAACCAGUGCACCGACAUCAGCUGAUGCCUGUUUGAGCAUAGUACACAGUUUGAUGUGUCAUCGACAGGGAUGGGAAAGUGAAGGAUUCGCUAAACGAGCCAUUGAAUCACUAGUUAAAAAGUUAAAGGAAAAAAGAGAUGAAUUAGAUAGUCUUAUUCUUGCAAUAACCACAAAUGGCUCACAUCCAAGUAAAUGUGUUACAAUUCAAAGAACAUUAGACGGACGGUUACAGGUAGCUGGACGUAAAGGUUUUCCGCACGUUAUAUAUGCAAGAAUUUGGCGAUGGCCAGAUUUACAUAAAAAUGAACUCAAACACUUAAAGUACUGUCAAUAUGCUUUUGACUUAAAAUGUGAUUCUGUAUGUGUUAAUCCAUAUCAUUAUGAACGGGUUGUAUCACCAGGCAUAGAUUUAAGUGGUCUAACGCUACAAAGUGGUACAUCUACUAAUGGUUCUGGCCGAAUAAUUGGCCUAAGAGAUGAGUAUACAGCUGGUGGGGGAGGAAUGUCUCCUUCUCCACCUGGUUCUAGUCAAGUUAGUAGUUCCAAUAUGGACAGUGAUGUAUCUGGAAAUAGUCCAGCUGUGACCGUACAACAUCACUUACCACCUUUAUACCACCAACAAAACCCAGCCACUGAUGUAUCUCAACAAUCAACUGUCCCUCAAGCUGCUGGAGAUAUUGGUAUGUUUCGGCCUACACUACAGCAGCAACAACGUCCUAGUCAUCAAAUUGGUAUAAAUUCUCAAGUACAGGUUAAGACUGAAUCAUGUAACAAUUGGAUGCCGGGUACACCAUCACAUAUACCCCCCAAUAGACCACCGAACAUGCCAUUACAAAAUCCCAGUAUGUUCCCAGGACAAGAAGAAGAAAACUUAUUACCUAGUCAAACAAUGACACCUCAUGAUUAUCAAGGACCUACUGCCACAAUGCCUGGUACAACAACAGGUAAUCGACCAGUACAAAGCACACUUACUUAUACACAUUCAAUGCAACCACCACACCCAACAUUUUGGGGAGUUUCUGAAAUGGGAUUGAGUGGCUUAUUAUCGUCCCAGCCAGCUCCUGAAUAUUGGUGUUCAAUUGCUUACUUUGAAUUAGAUACUCAAGUUGGAGAAACAUUUAAGGUUACAUCCACUUGCCCUCAUGUCACAGUUGAUGGUUAUGUUGAUCCCUCUGGAAGUAAUAGAUUUUGUUUGGGAGCCCUUAGUAAUGUUCACAGAACAGAACAAAGUGAAAAAGCUAGGUUACAUAUUGGGAAAGGUAUUCAACUAGACCUGAUUGGAGAAGGAGAUGUUUGGUUGAAAUGUCAGAGUGAUCAUUCAGUUUUUGUACAGUCAUAUUAUUUAGAUAGAGAAGCUGGACGAGCACCAGGAGAUGCGGUCCAUAAAAUUUAUCCUCAUGCAUACAUUAAAGUUUUUGAUCUAAGACAGUGUUAUAGGCAAAUGCACCAACAAGCCGAAACCGCUCAAAAUGCAGCUGCUGCACAAGCAGCUGCAGUAGCAGGACAUUUAGCAGGACCUCAUAGUGUAGGAGGUAUUGCUCCAGCGAUAAGCUUAAGUGCUGCAGCAGGUAUUGGAGUAGAUGAUUUAAGAAGAUUGUGUAUAUUAAGAUUAAGUUUUGUAAAAGGUUGGGGUCCUGACUAUCGACGAAGUAGCAUUAAAGAGACUCCGUGCUGGAUAGAAGUUCAUUUACAUCGAGCAUUACAACUUUUGGACGAAGUGUUACACUCAAUGCAAAUAGAUGGCCCAUCAAGAGCUUGAUUUCAACUAGAAACUCAAAAUGUUCAAACGUAGUAACUAAUAUGUUAUGUUUAAGAAAAAAUGGUUACUUGUUUUGUAAAAAGAACAAUGUUGAUUUUACUAGAUUUUUCAUGUUGUGUUUAUCCGACAUAACAUAAGGGCCUUGGUAAAAAUUAUUUAGUUUUUCCUGUAUACAUUUAUUUUGUUUAUUUUUUUUAACACAAAAACUGUUAAUAAUCAAACAGGUCCUAAACAUUUUUUAAAUUUUAUAUAUAUUAAAGGUUACGAAAAUCAUCUACCUUAAGUGUAAAGUAACAGGUUUCCAUCAUUAUGAGUUAUUACUAUAUAUUUUUUACCUAUAACUUGAUUUUGAACCAUUGUUUUUUUUUUAUUAUUUAUUUUUUUUUUUCUAAAAAGCAAAUAUAAAGAUAUUUUAUACUUGCAUUUAAAUACUCCAUCCUAUGUUGCUUGUUACAUUUAUAGAAACCAAUAUUUUUUUUAUUUAUACAUUUUGACGAUUUAGAAAGUUAAACCAAUUUAAAAAGAAUCAUUUUUAGAUUUAUUAUUUGGAAAUAUUUCUUUACCCCCAAAAUAAAAUGUUUUUGCUCUUUAUAGAGCUGACAUUUUAUUUAACCUCAUUUCUCAACUACCUCAAACUCCUUUAUUAUACAUAUAAAUUAUAAAUACAUAGUAUAGAUGUAGAGUAUACUCCAUUCGCGUUUAGAAGUGACUCAGGUGGCCGACUUUUGCACAUUGGCAUGGUACUGUUUUGUAUUUAUAUUACUAGUGAUUGAUUAAGGAGGGAAAACAAUUAUGUAUAUGACCUAUGUGCCACAGACAAAAACUGGUCACCACCCCGGGUCGCUUCUAAACAUGAAUGGAAUAUAGUUACUGCCAAUUGUGCCCCAUUAAUAUAGAGUAAGACUAACAGUCUAUAUUCUGUUUUUAUAAAUAUAAAUGUACUUAUUUAUAUUUUAAAAUAUCUGUAUUUAUUAUCAUUCACAAUUAAGAAAAAAAAUUGAAACUAAUGUAUGUUAUAAGAAGUGAAUUGUUUUUUA